UACAGUGCUGGCCGCUCGUGGCGCUGAAGCUGUCACUGACAAGUCGCCACUUGAGAGAGUCAUCCUCAAGAUUUCCUCUCAUUUCUCCAGGAAAGCAGCCAUUUUUCCGAGGCGCUAUCUUUGAUACCAGGGAGAUAAGGAGAUCUUUGGUCAAAAGUACAGAAUCCACUGCGAUGGCAAUGAGUGCAGCCACUCAUCUUCCUGUCAUUCCCGCCGUGACUAAAAUCUCACAGAGUAUCAUCAGGAUUUUGGGCUGUAAUCCUGGGAAAAUGACUCUGCAAGGAACCAACACGUACUUGAUAGGAUCAGGAAGGAAGAGACUCCUCCUUGACGCCGGCGAGCCUGACAAGCCGAAAUUCAUUGAGAACCUGCGGAAGGUGCUGAAAGAGGAAAAUGUGGCCAUAGAGAAUAUCCUCAUCACGCACUGGCACAAUGAUCAUCUGGGCGGCGUGAAGGACGUUCUGGAGAUUAGCGAGGCCAAAGAUUGUAAGGUGUGGAAAUUCCCUCGCACGGACGCUGAGGAUUCUUAUCAAAACCUUCCGGCUUCACUGAAGCUUCUUCCACUGCGCGAUGGUCAGCGAUUCGCCGUUGAGGGAGCGACAAUUGAGGUGAUCCAUACUCCUGGCCACACGACGGAUCACGUGGUGGUGUCACAUGAAGAAUCCGGCGCUCUGUUCAGUGGCGAUUGCAUCCUAGGCGAUGCCACGACGGUGUUUGAAGAUCUUUAUGACUACAUGAAGAGUUUGGAGAAGAUUCUGCAGCUGGAGCCGACGGUUAUCUAUCCAGCGCAUGGCAGUAUCAUUGAGAAUCCCAACGACAGGAUAAAGUACUACAUUAUGCACAGGAAGAAGCGCGAGGAGGCGAUUUGUGAACUGCUGAAGACGAAGAAAACGCACCUCUUCACGGAAUUGGACAUUGUGAAGAACAUUUACAAGGAUACGCCGACGGAAAUGUGGCCAGCGGCAGCUUACAAUGUCAAUCACCAUCUCAAGAAGCUGGCCAAGGAGGGAAAAGUGGUGGAAAGUGAGAAAGACGGCCAAAAUGUGUGGCAAUUCAGCGAUAAAAACUCCGUUUUAUGAAAAUAGAGACAAAUGUAGGAUUUUCUUCAAGAAUUGUGGGCUUUAUGGGCAAAUUAGGGAAGGAUUAUGGACGGAUUAUCUUACCAGAAUAUAUCUCGAUUGCUAAAUAGUGGAAAUAUAUUAUAUUUUAUGGAAAAU